GAGUCAUUCGGGACCAAACCGAGGGAGGACGUGACCACCUGCAAAGCAACCACCCACGCGCCGUCGAUUCAUUCGAUCCCUCUCCCCGCUUCAACCCGACCUCUCCGCCUCCUCCUGCGCCGCCGCCGCCGCCGCUGCCGCUGACGGAGAGGGAGGGGGAGCGGGACGGGGAGGGGCUGCCGUCGUCGAUGAGAUGAAGGAGGUGGUGCUCCACGUGUACGACGUGACCAACAGCGAUUCCGAGAAGACCAACAACACCAUCCUCCAGAUCAACCGCAUCUUCAAGGACCGCAUCGGCCUCGGCGGCAUCUUCCACAGCGCCGUGCAGGUCUAUGGCGAGGAGGAGUGGUCGUUCGGGUUCUGCGAGAACGGCAGCGGCGUGUUCAGCUGCCCCAUCAGCAAGAACCCCAUGUACACCUACCGCGAGCGCAUCGUCCUCGGCGAGACAGAGUGUACCAUCGCCACCGUGAACCGGAUCCUGCGCGAGCUCAGCCGCGAGUGGCCGGGGCACUCUUACGACCUCCUCUCUAGGAACUGCAACCAUUUCUGCGACGUGCUCUGCGACAGGCUCGGCGUCCCCAAGCUCCCAGGGUGGGUUAAUCGUUUUGCCAAUGCCGGCGAUACUGCUGUCGUGGUUGCUGAGAACACAGCAGUUAAGUUCAGGCAAGCUAAAACAGAAAUUGUCAAUGCUAGUAGAGUAGCAUAUAGAUUUAUGGCAGGCCUGACUUCAAAAAACCAAGCUUCGCCAGAGUCCUCGGGUGACCAAAAUAGAGGUGGCCCAACUUUCCAGGGAACUUGGUUCAAGAAUGUUGUUUCAGCUGGCGCGAAGCCAUCUUCGAGUGGAUCAACUCCCUCGCAGGAAGUUGAUGAUGUAUCCCCCUUGCAGCACCAAAAAUCAGCAGAGCAAUCGACACGGUUGUAGCUGCAGUGUCGGCAGAUCUAUCAGCCGUGAGUUGAAUCUGUAGUGUAACAUUAGCCCACAUUUGUUCAAAAACAGUGUCAUGUUUAUUCAUACAUGAAUCUGUGUUCUACCUUGCACCUGGAAACAUGAAAUGUUGAAAACACUUAUCUAGCUUGACAAGUUCCCUAACCAGUCAACUCUUGAAAGUA